CGUGGCUCUUGCGGCUGUCCGUCUCGUUUCCCGGGACUCUCGUUUUGAGUACAGCGAGGCUCGCAUUGUGCAUUUGAAUGAGAACAGGAGCGCACAGCGGCGGAAAACAAAGACGCAAAGGAGCAAGCUGGCUGCGCGGCGGGGGAUGCUGGGCACAAUAGCGAAGACCACACUCUUCUGCUUCAGGAGGACCGUGUUGCAAUAACAUUUCCCCCCAGACAAACAAGCCUCGCUGCGGGGAACAGGAAUUUGAAGCCGGACUUUACUUUUCAGGCAAAUAUGAGGACGGGCUUUGAACUGGACGUCUAGGCGACUUUUAGGAUUUUUAGAAAGCGCAUAUAGUCAAAUGACAGUCUCAAAAACGCACCGGCACAGCAAAGGAAAAUCAGCUUGGAUUUUGGGCACCACAGCGAUUUUGAUCUGAUAUUGUUUAUUAUUAUUAUUAUUAUUAUUAUUAUUAUAGUCAUUAAUAUUAUUAUUAUUAUGUGCUCUGGAAAUCACCAGCUGUGGGUGAAAUCACGCCAGGAACAUAUUUGACUUUGUUUAUUGUCAUAUUUAAAUUAAUUUUCUUGUAUUUGGGUUCUGAAGAAUGUACGUACUUGAUGGUAAUUACCCGGAAAGGAUGGAGCGGGGCACGCCACAAAGGAAAACCGUAUACAGGAUAUCUUUGACACUAGUGAAAAAAGAAACUCUGCAGGAUGGCGGAGGCUCAGCGCACCGGCGGCUGGAGAACCCUAAAGUGAGCGCGUACCGGCGCGAGGGAGCCGCUGACGCUCAGCGCAGCUCCCCGCUGGAAGAACUGAAAGAAGUGGAGGACGAGACGGACGAGUUUUCUGCACACUCUUACAUGAGGAACUUCAGGACAUUCAGUACUGGACAUCUAGAGUUGGGCAGGUUGAAAAUCUCAAGGCGGGCUCAGCAUUUACACAAAGACAAGGAAUUAAAUGAAACGUGCAUCCUCCCAGAGAAUGGACAGAGCAAGGUCACUGAAAAUGGGGCACUAGUGCACAAAAAGGUUGAAGAUAUUGCUUCAGAAAAUGACAGAUUGAAUUGUGAUGCUGAGCAUGUAGAAAUCUGCAGCAUAGAUGCUUCUAAUAGAGAAAACACAAACAUUCAAAAGAAAAUCCUGAAGACUUCUCGGAGCACAGAGGAACCGGUCAGUACAUGGUUAGAAGAGACCUCUGAGGGUGGCAGGAUGGCCAAAGAGAGCUGCAUCUCUUCUUUGCUGGCAAAAGGGAAUGGUAAAUCGCCCAAACCAGCACCUGAAACCCCUCCGGCAAAGAGGCACCCAAGCCUGUUGCGGCGAAGUUUCAGCUUUCGCCACUGGACGGGUGGAGAGUUGAUCCGCAUACGGGCUCUCUCCAAGAAGAAGCACCACAGCAGCUCGGGCUGCAUUGGCCGCGAUGGAGAAAACAGUGAAGCCCAAGCUGGCGUGGUUCUGCAAAACAUGGCUUUUGCCGAGUCUGAGUCCACUGAAAAGCGAAACACCUUGGAUGUGGGUGAGGUCCUAAACAAAACAGACUCCGUGACUGAACUAGGCCGCAGGGAGAGGAUGAAGGGCAAGAAUCGAACGCUGGACAACAGUGACCUGCUCAAGCUGUCGGAUAAAGCUUUGAUGGACAAGGAGGGUUUCAUUAGAGGGACAGGCUCCCGUUCCAGUGGACAGGAACGUAAACUCAUCCGAUUCUUCAGUGGUAUCUUUUCAAAGCGAGAUGGGACGUCCACGCCGCUUGGCAGUCCAAGCAACCGGGCUCUCCGGAAGAACGGCCUACUGGGAAGUCAGCGGCGAUCAGAAAUUAGCUACUCUCAGUCCAGCACCGAAAGUGUUAACGGAUGCCAACCGGACG